AUGGGGACAUCCCCAGAUACUGAAAAGGUGUCCAUCAUCCCCUGGGGCAGAGGGCUCGGCUAUGCCCCGUGUUUGCCCAGGGAGCAGUGUCUGUCCACACGGGAGCAGCUCUCUGACCGCAUGUGCACGAUGUUUGGGCUGAAUGAAAAGCUGGGACAGGUGUCCUUUGACUUCCCCCGCCAAGGCGAGAUGCUGGUGGAGAAGCUGCACAGUGAGGCCACUGCCCAGCCCAUAGAUGAGGAGGUGCUAACCUGGUGCCGAGAGCAGGUGGACAAGGUGGGCAGGCCGCUGCUGGAGACGGAGGUGCUGGAGGAGGCCGACAUGGUGGGGCCUGGGCCCCGGCCCUUUGCGGAGAAGUCCACCCAUGAGGAGUUUGUGGAAGGCACCGGCAGCCUGCAGGAGAACGUGUCCCUUCCUGAGGGGCGGGAGGAGGGGACUGCAAAGCGCCACCUGCAGGAGAGCCCAGCUAGGAAAGCUGCUUCCAAAAUCACUGGAAAACAAAUUAAAACAUGAUAACAGCAAA